CCUGAGAAGAUUUCGAGGGAAGAAGGGGACAUCUGGUCGAACAACAUUGGGCAUCACCCGAGGUAAACAGGAGAAGACAAUGAAGGGGGAACAAAGUCAAGCUGCUUCCCUCAUUGACAGAACCAUCGAGAUGAGGAAAGAAACAGAAGCAAAAAAAGUGGUCUUGGCAUGGGGGCUUCUGAACUUGUCCAUGGCUGGCAUGAUUUAUACUGAAAUGUCUGGAAAACUAAUCAGUUCCUAUUAUAACAUUUCGUGCUGGUUACUAUGGUAUGUUGAACUUGCAUUUGCAUCUCUGUUCAGCCUUAAUGCCUUAUUUGACUUCUGGAGGUAUUUUAAAUAUACUAUGGCCCCAACCAGCUUGGUUAUGAGUCCUGGACAGCAGACCCUCCUGGGGUUGCAGAAUGCAGUUGUGCAGACUACUCCACCCCGUGAGCUGACGCCAAAGAAAACUCCUCCUUCGACGCCUUCUCCUCCCGUCCAGGGGCAGAGUGUGCUGAGCUACAGCCCUUCCCGCUCGCCUAGUGCCAGCCCAAAAUUUGCCUCCAGCUGCAUGUCCAGCUGCAGCCCUCAGCUCCAGGCUCUGUCGGGCAGCAGCUCCGGUUCUUACAGUGCUGCUAUGAGCUACUCCCCAGGCAGCUGCUACAGUAAGGUCCCCCCUUUUAGCCCUUCUCCAAGCACUUCUCCGUACCCCACCAGCAUCGGCCCAAUGGAUAGCAGUGGAAUGAGGUCACGGUAUCGCUCUUCGCCAAGCGUAUACAAUUCCCCUACUGGCAAGGAAGACUAUAUGACGGACCUCAGGUCUCUGGACAACUUCCUUCGAAGCGAGGAGGAGAAGCAGCACAGAGUUCAGCUGGGGAGCACAGAUUCCAGUUCUCCUUCUAGCAGCCCAACCUUUUGGAACUACAGCCGGUCCAUGGCAGACUAUGCCCAGAUGCUCAGGAAAUUCCAGUACCAACCUGCCUGCAGGUCCCAAGCCCCUUCGGCCCACAAAGAUGAAGCCGAGUUGAGCUCCAAGCAGGUCGCUGAAGAGGUUUGGGCAAGAGUGUCAAUGAGUAGGCAGCUGCUGGAUCACAUGGACUCCUGGACUGCUAAAUUCAGAAAUUGGAUCAAUGAAACAAUUUUAGUGCCCCUCGUUCAGGAGAUGGAGUCCGUGAGCACUCAGAUGCGGAGAAUGGGGUGUCCAGAGUUGCAAAUUGGAGAUGCCAGUAUCAGCAGUCUGAAGCAAGCAGCCCUAGUUAAAGCUCCACUUAUUCCCACACUGAACGCAAUAGUGCAGUACCUGGACCUUACACCAAACCAGGAAUAUUUGGUUGAAAGGAUCAAAGAGCUUUCUCAAGGAGGGUGCAUGAGCUCAUUCCGGUGGAAUCGGGGCGGAGACUUCAAAGCACGGAAAUGGGAUACUGAUUUGCCCACAGACUCUGCGAUCAUCAUGCACGUGUUCUGCACAUACCUUGACUCCAGGCUACCACCUCAUCCAAAAUAUCCCGAUGGCAAAACAUUCACCUCCCAACAUUUCAUCCAAAUGCCUGAUAAGCCAGACGUCUCCAACGAGAACUUGUUUUGCAUCUACCAGAGUAGCGUCAACCCUCCCCACUAUGAACUUAUUUACCAGCGACAAGUCUACAGUCUACCAAAGGGCAGAAACAACUUGUUCCACACCUUGCUAAUGUUCCUGUACAUCAUAAAGACUAAAGAAUCUGGGAUGCUUGGGCGGGUCAAUCUUGGCUUAUCUGGUGUGAACGUUUUGUGGAUUUUUGGAGACUAGUUGCCAGUCCCUGUCGCAGGACGCAUGAGGACAAACACCUUGGCUUGUUUUGUGAAGAGAACUCAGCAGCUUGACGAACUUACUGCCUUGAAAGCAUGGUUUGGAUAUAUAAAGCAAGACUUUGGUUUUUUAAAAACUGUAUUUGGAAUAAUAAUGAAAAACUUUCAGCA